AUGGGAAAGAAGUCAGCUCGCCCAGCAACCAAGGUUGGCUCGGCUGCUGCCCCAUCCUCUAGCUUGAACCAAGCUGGUAGCAAGUCUUCAAUCCUGCGAGCUGCAUUCUCCCCGUCGGAAUACCAAUUGGCCCUAUUUGCGUCCGUCAUCCAAGGCCUCGAUGGCCAACACAUCCGAGUCCACGACACCAACACAGGACGCCUACAGUGCGAGCACAUCUUGGGCCCGAAGGAGACAGUCACCUCAUUGGACUGGGGCUACUAUAACAAUUCGGGCAAGGGUCGCGAUUUGUCGAAGAAGAAGCGCAAGCGCGGCUCCGAUGUCAACGGGGCCCCCGAUGGAUUGGACCAAGGUGACAUCGUGGUCGCAUUCGGCACUAACACAUCGGACAUCCGCAUGUACUCCCCCACUGAAGACAAGGUUGUCGGAAUCCUGAACGGCGCCCACGAGAAGGGAAUCAAGGAUUUCAAGUUCACGGCCGCUCGACCCGCCGAGGAGGCUUGGAGUGUCGGUGGUGAUAACAAGCUUAUCCAGUGGGACCUGCGUACUGGAAAGCCCAUCCAGACCAUCCACCUCCCCGCAUCCUCCGUUUUCACCGCGCUCUCUCGUCCCGUCCCCUCGAGCACCCCUCUGAUUUGCGCCUCUCAGACCCCAUUCUUAAUAGAUACCGAGAAGGCCGACGAGCCUGUUCAAUUCCCGGCUAUGCGCAAUCACAUCCACACAGUCAUCUCAUCCUCUUCCGAAUCCGCUGGCGCGGGAGCAUUCCUUGCCUCCGAUGGUGAUCGCUUUAUCAACGUUUUUGAUGCCGCUACUCAAAAGCUUGUUCGCAACCUUGUCGCCGAACAGGAAGUCUCAACAGUUGCUCACGGUGGUGCAGUGCUUGCUGCGAUCACCGAAGAUGGUACCAUCGAACUUUUCACCCAGCCAUUUGCUCAGCCCCAGGCCGCCCCAGGUGCUACCGCUAAGGCCCUUCGCAAACAAAUGACCCAAAAGGCACACGCAUCCCUUAAGGUUACGAAUAACGAGUUCUCGAGCGCCUGUGUCCCAGUCUCGGCUGUGUCUUUCCAAGGCCCCAACAUUGUUGUCGCAUACACCGAAGGUGGUGUGGUUCCCGUUUUCGAGCGCGUCAAGUACCUUGACGAGAACACCGAGGAAAUCUCUUUCACUGGUGUCAAGACUGUGGUCAAGACCAAAUCAAGCUCAUCACUUGCUGCUGCCACAAAUGGCGGAGCUAAGAGCGCCGGGGAAAGCCGUGUCAACGAGACUCACAUGACUGUUGAGCAGGGUAAUUUGGCUGACGACGAUGUGGAAAUGGAGGACUCAAAAUCUGCCUCCGGAUCCGACAGCGAGGGUGAUUCCGAUGAUGAGGACACCAAGCAAAAGGCUACUUCCACUGAGAAGAAGACCAAGCCCGCUAAAGCCGCGGUCAAUGGGGAUGUCGAAAUGCAGAAUGCUCCUGAUUCAGAGGAGGAGGAAGAGGAAGAGGGUGCAGAGCCUUCUUUCGGCGAGCUCAUGCGUGCCAACGCAGAGGUGGACGUGGAGGCCGAGCUCGACGAUGAUGUCUUGCUUGGUGCAUUGGUCCCCGGCAAGCCUCAGGCUGCAGUGCAACAGAUUCCCACCGGUGUCUCACUCGCUACUGUUCUCACACAGUCUCUCAAGACCAACGACAGCGGUAUGCUGGAGUCAUGCUUCCACACCGGUGAUCUUUCAAUCAUCCGCACUACAAUCCAACGUCUCGAUUCCUCCCUGGCCGCCACUCUGCUUCAGAAGCUCGCUGAGCGUCUUGCCUCGCGCCCCGCUCGCUACGGCCACCUUCUCGUCUGGGUUCAAUGGACCUGCGUUGCUCACGGCGGUGCCCUGGCUGGUCACCCUGAUCUCCUGAAGCGCAUGGCCUCUCUCUACAAGGUCAUGGACCAGCGCUCUUCGAGCCUGCCUUCUCUCCUGCUCCUCAAGGGCAAGCUCGACAUGCUCGACGCUCAAUUGAGCCUGCGUCAGUCCAUUCGUGGAGGUGACGAGGACAUGGACAGCGAGGAUGAGGACAAUGUUAUCUACGUCGAGGGUCAGGAUGAUCUCGAAGACAGUGAGACCGAGGCCAAGACACCCCGGAAGUCAAUACGCGACCAGGCCUACGAUGAGGACGAGUCAAUGAUGAACGUUGUCGAUGAGUCUGAGGAUGAUGAAGAUGACAGUGACGACGAGGAUGCCGACGAGGAGCCCAUCCUAGACAUUGAGGCUGCGGAAUCCGUUGGCUCUUCCGAUGCCGAGGAGUCACUGGAGGAGAACGAGGAUGACGAUGACGACGAGGCUGACAGUGACGGCUCCAUGGUCGACUUCAUCGCCGACACGGAAGACGAGUCCGACGAUGGCACCCAGCAGCAGGCUCCGCCAUCAAAGAAGAGCAAGACUGCCAAGAAGGGCAAGGGUGGACGGAAAUAA